AUGUCGACCUAUCUGUGGAGGAAAUAUGCACAAUACGUGACCACCAAGUGGGAGAGGACCCUUCUGUGGGACAUGAUCGAGCCCUACCGGCGGCCCAAGUCUUUUACGCCUCUUGUCACCAUUUAUAUAUGUGCUUUUUACACAGGGGUCAUUGGUGCUGCAAUCACCGAGCAACUCUACAAGGAGAAAUAUUGGGAAGAUCACCCUGGACAUGAAGUUCCAAUAAUGAAGCCAAUGUUUUAUAGUGGGCCCUGGCGUAUUAUGAGAGGUGAGGUUCCUCGUUAUUUGGAGGAGCCGCCAAAGCAGACGCCAUCUUAG